CUGCCUAUUUUCACUCCUCCAUUUUCCCUCUCCUUUUUUAUGUACUCCUAGUACAGUCCUACUCUCCUAGUCUGUUUCCCUUUGUCUUUUUUCUCCUCUAGUUUUUCAAGAUAUAGAGUGUAUCUUUUUAUCUCCUUCAAAACAAUCCUAGAAAAAAACCUUCAGUUUUGUAUUUUUCUCUCUUAAUUUUCUCGAUUUUUUUGUUGAAGCAUUCCCACAAUGGCGUCGGAUCACCGUCAACGACAGUGCUACUAUCAACAGCAACAACAGGAGAGAGAAGUAGAUGCUGUAAUAUGGAAAGCUUGUGCUGGAAGUUUGAUUCAUGUUCCAAAACCCAAUUCUAGGGUUUAUUACUUUCCGCAAGGACAUAUGGAACAAGCUUCAUCUCCUGUUCCUCUUUCUUCUGUGUAUAAGAGUUCUGUGCUUUGCCGUGUUGUUCGCGUCUCGUUUCUUGCUGAUCCUGAUACUGAUGAAGUGUUUGUUAAGUUUCUUCUCGAACCUUUGAAAAGUACCUCUUCUGGGUUUGCUUUAGAAUUUCUUGGAGAAAGAGGAGAGGAGAAGCGAAACGAUGUCGUUUCGUUUGCCAAGGUUUUGACGCCUUCAGAUGCCAACAAUGGUGGGGGGUUUUCGAUCCCGAGGUUUUGUGCUGAAUCGAUUUUUCCACCGUUGGAUUUUUCUGCUGAUCCACCGGUUCAAAAGAUUCGGGUUACUGAUAUUCAUGGAGAAAGUUGGGAAUUUAGGCACAUUUAUCGAGGGACUCCAAAGAGAAAUUUGUUCACUACUGGUUGGAGUAAAUUUGUUAAUUGUAAGAAGUUAAUUGCAGGAGACUCUGUUGUUUUCAUGCGGAAAAACUUAACUAAAGAGCUCUUUGUUGGAAUUCGUAGGGCGUCCAGGUUGAUAAAUGAUGCAAUGUUACCUUGGGGGAUUGUUCUGAAACCAGCAAGGCUGAGUAUUGGAGGGGGAUUAUCGAGGAGUAAUAAAGGGAAGGUGUCAGCUGAGGCGGUAGUUGAGGCGAUUGAGAGAGCAGAGAGUGAUAUGGUAUUUGAGGUUGCUUAUUAUCCGAGGCCGGGUUUGCCUGAGUUUGUUGUGGAGGCGGAAAGAGUUGAGGUUGCUAGAGGAGUUUAUUGGAGAGGGGGAAUGAAAGUAAAGAUUGCUCAAGAGACAGAGGAUGGGUCGAGGUUAUCUUGGUAUAAUGGAACAGUAUCUGCUGUAGCGACUGGGUUUGAUCAUGGGCCUUGGCGGGAUUCUUGGUGGCGAAUGCUUCAGGUUGCAUGGGAUGAACCUGAAAUUCUGCAAAACAUGAAGAAUGUUAGUCCUUGGCAAGUGGAGCCUAUUGUUCCAAUGCUACCUAUACAUACUGCUGUCCCAGCUAUCAAAAAAUUUAAGGGUGUGCAGAACUCUGGACUGCUGACUAAUGGAGAGGGAAACCCCCCCAUACCCUCAAUGGGAUUCAAUUCAUCUUAUUUGAAUUACAACACUUUUCCUGCUGGCAUGCAGGGAGCCAGGCAAAACCUUCUUUUUCUAUCUACUUUACCUAGUAUAGUGAAUUAUAGCACCCAUCAGGGGCACCGAGAUGAUAUUGUGGACAGUACACCAGAGAAGAUGGAGGCUGUAACCACUAAACUUAAUAUUGGUAUUUCACCCUCUGAGACGCCAUCACCUGAUAGCCAAAACAGCGUGCAGUUGUUUGGCGUGGCUGGUACUGAUCAACGGUCUUGUGACUUGAGUAAAAAAAUUAUCACUUCAUUUCAGCUGUUUGGUAAGCAAAUUCACAUGGAGCAGCCUCUCACAACUACGGAGGCUAUAGGCUGUACAAAAUAUGAUGACCAUUUAACUGAAGGUGUAAGGAAUACUCUGGAUAUUUCUUCCUCAGUCUCUCACAAGAAGCUAGAUGAUAGGCUAAGAGCUCAUGCUCUGAGUCCUCUGUGAUGGAUGCAGAUUAGCUUUGUGAAUGUUAAUUUGCAAUCCCUGGUGGUUGGGAAGGUUGUACAGGUAUAGGUCUGAAUUUCCUCCGUUUCAUUUAUUCUUAAGUGUUGCAAACUUGCUAAGUUUACAAGCCCUUUUCCUUUCUCUCCUUUUAUUCAUUCUACAAAGUGUCUUACCAAAUUACCAUACGUUAUCUUGGAGUCUUUCUUGAGGCGUCUAGUUGCAGCAGAGUGGGCUUGAGCUGGCUGCUUUACUUCUUGGACUGGGAGUUGUGGGUUUCCUUUUAACUAUACAUUGGAAAAGCAUAUAUUUUUUUUACUCUAUUCCCUUCACAUGCCAUUUAUCAACUUCCUAGUAGUGGUUACGCUUGGGAGAUUGUCCAUCUCUUGGUAAAAACCUGAAGGUUUUGGUAUUUGGGGUGUUUUUGUUCUUUUAUCCAUAAAUGAACUUUUCUAUUAUUCAUUUUGGUGGGGGUACUUUUGUUUUGACAGAAUGCUGGUCCAGGUUUCGUUCUUUUCCUUUUAAAAGGAGUUUAUGUAGCAGUACUAUAAAACUGGAGAUAAUACAGUUAAUGUUGGUUUGCUUCGUCACAAAUCUCCCUGUUUCUCAUGGUCACAUUAUUUUGGUGGUUCUGGUCUGGAUGCAGUAUUUCUUAGGCUAAAUGCAUAGUUAUUCCAUUAAUCGCUGUGUUUUUGUUCAGUUUCAGGCACAUGGGCAGUGGGAGAGGCAUGCACUACACAGGUCGUAAUGUAUUGUGUGAUAUCUGUGUUAGUAUGAAGUAGCUUUGUUUUCUGUACGCGUGUGGUUUGUGUUGGAGGAGUUGUAGAUCUAAAACUUAAAAAGUGAAUUUGAAUAUUUAGAAUUGGGCGUGAUGUAAAUUAAGUCAGACAUUGGUAGUUUUUCCAAAAACAGGAUGCUAAUUGGUAUGCUAUGAAUGUGAGUCCUUAUCAUCUGUAUUGCUGUCCUGAUGCAUUGUUGAUAAAUUAUGCUUACCAGGUUUAGUAGUGCGAGAAGAAGUAUUACCUUUUGUGAGUAA